UUCACAACAUUAAAUAUUUAGUUAAAACAAAACAAUACUAAAGAAAUUAAUUCAGUAAUUAUAGAAUUUUUUUUAAUUAAAUUAAAACAACAGUUCAUAUUGGAAAUGUCAUCAUUAAAUAUUUUGUGUGCUAUUUGUAGCGAAUAUUUUCAAAAUACCGAUAUUAUAUACAGCACCCGGUGUGGUCAUGUAUUCCAUAAAUGUUGUUUAUUUCAAUGGUUAAAAUGUUCACGUACAUGUCCACAGUGCCGCAAGCAAUGUAUGCAGCACAAUUGCCAUCAGUUGUUUAUUAAUUUUAUUGAAACAUCACCGGAUAAUAAUGAACCGGAAAUGGAACUUCCGAAAAUAUUUGAAUGGAUUUAUAUACACCAUGACAUAGAUCUCGCUGAUGACCUGUCAUUUGCUUUUAAGUUUGGUCAGGACGAGGAGGGUAAUGAUAUUUAUGCUGCUCGGGGUCAUUUUGACGGUGACCUAAUACCAGCCUAUUAUGUACCACGCAAGAGAGCUGUUAUUGCACCUUGGGGUUUUGAGUCGCACUGCCUUACCGAUGACAUAGAGUUACUGGAUAUUUCAAAUGAUGAUGCGGAAUACAAAUGGGUUGCGUGCUCAAAUGGUGAUAUUCCCGAAAAUGCCUUUGCCACCGGUCGCACAGUCAUGGGUGAUGUUCUGUAUACGGCCCGGGCGUAUCAUGAAGGUAUACUUUUGUAUGGCAAACUACAUCAGCGUUAUAAUUUAGCCUAUAUGCCUUAUAAAGACAAAGAAGUUUGUAAUGGACAUUACGAAAUAUUGGUACGGAUACCCAAAAAAGCUACAACAUGAUCAUAAUAUUAUAAGAUUUUUAAUAUUAUAAAUACUAUAUACAUUAGGCUGGGUCGAUUUGUAUGGACGAUCAAAAAGUAAAAAAUCGUAUAACAGAAACGCAAUGAGGACGAUAGGAUUUCAUUUUCGACCUAUGGUUUCUUGAAGAAACUUUCUAAGAAUUUUCCGUAGAUUGCAUUUCUUCUAUACGAUUUUGUACUUUUUGAUCAGGUCGACCCAGCCUAAUAUUUAUGUUUUUUACAUAAAUUAAGUUUAAAACAUAUAUAAUGAAUAUUAAAAAAAAAAUUUAAAUUCGAACAUACAGUGGGGAGCACAAAUACGUAUAUGUUGGUACUUUGUGCACUUCUUAUGGAAUAAAAAUGAAACUAAUAAAGCAAAUCCAAAAAUUUUUUCUAUCAAUUAUUUUAUGUUUAAUAUAUAACAAAAUGUAUUACAAUUCAAAACAAAAAGCAUCGAGUUCUAAGUAAAAACCAGACAAAAUUA